AGGCGGAGCCGCGGGUGGGUCAGCUGCCCGCCGCCGGCCCCGGGCGCAUUCCCGGCGCGGGCGCAGUGGCGAGGCCACGGGCAGCCCCGUUCAUAAGCCCGCAGCGCUGCGGGGAGCCGCCAGACGGGCGUGCGCCGCUCACAGCUUCUGGCUGCGCUUCCCCCGGACCAGCUGAAAAAGGAAAACAUCAGAGCUCCACUGAACACAAAGAGAAAAUUUAAUUCAGGUUAGCGUGCAUAGAAUGGCAGCCUAAGCCCUCCAGCAUCCCUCAUGACGUCCCGAAGACAUUAUUCUUUACCACGAACUCUGAUGACUCCUCGUUUGUUUUCCGAGGGGGCUCUGGGGGGCAUCGCCCAGAUUACCCCCUUCCUGUACCUCAGCAAAGGAAGUGUUGCUGCAAAUCGACAGCUGCUCCUGGCGCGUGGGAUCACGUGUAUCAUCAACGCCACCAUCGAGCUCCCCAAUUAUAAUUUCCCUGAUUUUGAAUAUGUCAAAGUGCCUGUGGCCGACAUGCCCAGCGCCCCCAUCUCGCUGUACUUUGACAGCGUGGCUGACAAGAUCCAAAGCGUGGCACGGAAGCACGGAGUCACCUUGGUCCAUUGCGCAGCUGGUGUGAGUCGGUCAGCCACCCUCUGCAUCGUGUACCUCAUGAAAUACCAGAACGUCUCCCUGUAUGAGGCUUACAAUUGGGUGAAAUCGAGGAGACCUGUCAUACAUCCCAAUGUGGGCUUCUGGAGGCAGCUCAUAGACUAUGAACGAGAGCUCUAUGGGAGGAACACAGUUAAAAUGGUACAGACUCCGUAUGGCGUUAUGCCAGAUGUGUAUGUGAGGGAGAGAAGAACCUUUGUGCCUUACUGGGGGGGAGUUUGAGGAAAAGGAAUGGAAGCAGAAGAGGACGUGAUAUUCGGAGCCCAUCGGACUGGAGACCAUUUCCUUUUCUUCUCAUGGACAUCACCUUUACGAGACAGCAGAACCUCUGAUGAGUUUUCAAAGCACUAAACCAGCAAACCCCUUGAUUCAGGGGGCCUUAAACCUAAACCCUGUGGAGUUCACUUUACAGCAAGGUCUCCUUGGCAAAGAUGUACAGCUUCCAUCCACAUGAACUUGCAAAAUCCAUUUCAACAACCUAAUUCAUGAAGCCAAGCAUUACGUUGGCAGAAGAUGUGACCUGAAAUAUUGUUUUGCAAUGCAGUGGAUUUUAUUUUUCCCUUCCUUGUAAUAAGAAACUUGAUGGUAAAAAGACUCCUAAGCAGAACUGCAAAACUACUCUUUAAUGUUGGAUUUUUAAAAAUAAAUGGUUGAUGCAGAGAAGCACUAUGCUUAUUGCAAUCUUAAAUUAUGUAGAAAUUAUUCCAGAAAGGUUUUCCAUCUCCUUUAGCUUUUAAUUUUUGUUUGGAGAAAAAAAUGCUAGCCAGACAAUCUGCCACAAAUAAAAAAAUUUAGACUA